AAACAUCUUUUUUGAUUGUGGAAAAUAAAUUGGACAACUUUUAAAAUUGCUUUUCAAAAAUAAAUUAAAAAUGUGUGAGGAAAUAAUUGAAGAAAUAUUUGAUUUAACUGAAUUGGCAAUUGAAAAUUUAGAUUUGGACGACUAUGAAGAUAUUGAAAUCAUUCUGGAAUUACUUCAAUGCUGCGAAAGUGUGGGCAAUAUUCGUAACAAAAGGCAAAAGAGGGAAUGGGUAAAAAAAUGGCGUUUAGAUAGAGUGGAACGCGGAACAUUUUCGUUUCUUAUGAACGAUUUAUUUAAUGAUUCUUCAUCAUUUUUAAACUACAUAAGAAUGAAACCUGAAACUUUUAACUAUAUACUUUCUAAAAUAGAAAAUGAUUUAAAAAGGCAAGAUACGUUAAUGAGGAAAUCAAUAACUCCUGCAGAGAAAUUGGCUGCCACUCUACGGUAUCUUGCUACAGGAGAAUCUUAUAAAAGUACGAAUUAUCAAACAAGAUUGUCUGAAUCACUUCUUUGUGGUGCGAUUCCUGAAGUUUGCAAUGCUAUUUGGAAACAUUUCAAAGAUGAAUUUUUAAAGUUUCCGGCCACUAAAUCUGAUUGGCAAAAUAUUGCCGAUAAUUUUGCCAUAAAGUGGCAAUUUCCUAACUGCUUGGGUGCAUUAGAUGGUAAGCACAUCACUUUUCAAGCACUCCGCAAAGAUGGAUCAUUUUUUUAUAACUACAAAGGGACAAACAGUAUUGUCUUAUUGGCUCUAGUUGAUGCGGAUUGCCGGUUCAUAUAUAUAGACGUCGGAUGUAACGGUCGCACCCAUGAUGCUGGAGUUUUAUUGCAAAGUGAUUUGAAAAACAUUAUAGACAAUGCCGAAACUUACUUCCCUGAGGAUAAAGUAAUAGGAAAUGGAAGAAGGCUACCAUUUGUUAUAAUUGGCGAUGACGCCUUUCCGCUUCAAAGGCAUAUUAUGAAGCCGUACUCUUCCAACACCACAAUAAAAAAAGACAAAUUUUCAAUCUUCGUCUUUCACGUACUAGGCAAGUUGUAGAAAGAGCCUUUGGGAUUAUGGCCACCAGAUUUCGGAUUUUUCAAAAUAAAAUGUAUUUGUCAGUAGAAAAAGUGGAGGUGAUUACGAAAACUUGUUGUGUUUUGCACAAUUUAUUAUGUGUAAAAAAUAAUUAUUAUUUAAAUGAGCCAUUAGACACAGGUUGUAACUCUUCGACUCCGUUUACUACUGGCACUGAGAGAAAUUCUGGAAAGGGAGCAGCACAGUCUAUACGACAAGCUUUUGAAGAAUAUUUUAACAAUGAAGGAAAACUUAACUGGCAAGAAAAUAAAUUGUAAUAGACAUUAUAUAAUAACUAGACUUUAUACAUAAAGAAAAUCUACAUUUUUUUAAAUUAA